AUGACUGCGUUCUCUUCUAUAGUUGUCGACGCCUUGCCACCCGUCGUCGACGACGAAAAUGGCAUGCGUGUCGCCUCGGGCGACACGUACAUGGGCGAUUCUUCCCCCGAAUCAGCGGGCCCUAUGAGGCUCGACCAUCAGGAGGGCUUCAUGGUAGCUCCCAGAAUUAUGGCUUCGUCAAACUCUCUUUGGGACGAGUAUGUGCAGCACGCGCAGUUCACUGGACAGACCCAGAUCGACGCGCAGCAGCCUGGAAGCAUGUCCAUCAUGCCAAUUCAGGCACCAAAUUCUGUCAUGGCGUCAAUACCCAACAGCUUGCUCUUUCCUCAGGCCACAGGGCAGCAGCCCCAACAUCAAAUCUUCCUUAACACGGGCUCGGGUCACUUUGAGGCUUCUCAUCCCGUUUUUUGGUACAAGCAAUUUAUGCAGCACCGCCAGGGUCCAUCUGCCGCCAACGCUGCGCAGCCGAUCCCCACAGCGACGGUUCCUGUAGUUGCUCCCAAGCCGCCAGUCCGCUCCAACGUCACACACGGCUUUUCCAAAGCAUACCAGAACUUGAAAGAGGGUAAAGUUUUUUUCGAAGAUGGCCGCCUUUGCGUCUUUGCUGGUGCCGCGUCCGAGAUUAGCACUGGCAAGGCCUAUGUCGUCGACAAGUUUGUGGGCGACACGGUCCAUUUCGUCAAGAACCUCAAGGAUGUCAAGACCAUGGGAUUUUUGGCUUUCCCGGUGUUUACUGAACCCCGAGAGCUGUUGGAAAGCCAAGGUCUCCAGCCGGAUCAUAAGACCAUGUAUGAACUCAUGGUCUACAACGAAAGCAGCCCGAUUCCUGCGGGAGAAAUCAUCCCUGGACUCUAG